GGCUCCCAGAGGGCUGUGCGCCGCGAGCGCUCGCGCGCCGAGGGGGUCGCUCGCUCUCCGGCCUGAGGGAACGUCGACGACCGGGAUCGGGAUCCGUCGGGAUCCGUCGGGAUCCGUCGGGAUGAAGGGGUCCCUGUGCCCCGUGGGCGGUCUCCCGGCGCACCCGGAUUCCCGGUGCUGGUACCUGUCGUGGCACCCCGCCGGCGCCCUGCUGGCCUCCUGCGGAGGGGACAGGGCCGUCCGCCUCUGGGAACGACAAGGGGACGGCUGGGUGUGUAAGGCGGCCCUGUCGGAGGGCCACCAACGUACCGUGCGGAAGGUGGCCUGGUCCCCCUGCGGCGGCUACCUGGCCUCCGCCAGCUUCGACGCCACCACCUGCAUCUGGAAGAAGGACCGGGAUGACUUCGAGUGCGUCGCCACCCUCGAAGGCCACGAGAACGAGGUGAAGUCAGUGGCCUGGGCCCCGUCGGGCAACCUCUUGGCCACGUGCAGCCGGGACAAGAGCGUCUGGGUGUGGGAAGUGGACGAAGAGGACGAGUACGAGUGCGUCAGCGUCCUCAACUCCCACACGCAGGACGUGAAGCACGUGGCGUGGCACCCCACGCAGGAGCUGCUGGCGUCGGCCAGCUACGACGACACGGUGAAGCUGUACCGGGAGGAGGAAGACGACUGGGUGUGCUGCGCCACGCUGGAGGGCCACCAGUCCACGGUGUGGAGCCUGGCCUUUGACCCCAGCGGCCAGCGCCUGGCCAGCUGCAGCGACGACCGCACCGUCCGCAUCUGGCGCCGGUACCCGCCGGGCAACGAGCAGGGAGUGGCCUGCAGCGGCUCCGACCCCACCUGGAAAUGCGUCUGCACCCUGUCCGGUUCCCAUUCCCGGACCAUCUACGAUGUGGCCUGGUGUCACCUGACGGGGGCCCUGGCCACAGCCUGCGGGGACGACGCCAUCCGGGUGUUCGAGGAGGACCCCGGCUCGGACCCUCACCAGCCCACCUUCUCCAUGACGGCCCACCUGGCCCGGGCCCACUCCCAGGAUGUCAACUGCGUGGCCUGGAACCCCAAGGAGCCCGGCCUCCUGGCCUCCUGCAGCGACGACGGGGGGGUGGCCUUCUGGAAGUACCAGAGGCCCGAAGGACCGUGAGCCGGGCGCUCCCGACUCCACGCCGACUUCGGAAAAUCCAGGUUUUUCCCCAGCCCGGGAGGGGGCCGGCGCAUCCCCGCCCUCUUUCCUCAGCCUGAGGCCGGCGGCGGCCUCGUUUCUGGGACCCUCGGAGACGGGCCGCGUCUAAUAAACGUCUAAAACAAAAA